AUGAUGAUUUCAAAUAAUAAUUCAGAAUCCAGUAAUAGUGGAGAGGAGUAUAAAAAAAUUUUGGACUCUUUUAGUGAAAAAAUUAAAAUCAAAGAUUCAUUAAUAAAUAAAAACAACGAAAACAAAGAAAACAAUAAUAAUAAUUAUAAUAACAAUAAAGUAUAUACUAUUACAUUAAGUGGAAAUGGAGCAGAGCCACCAUUUAAAGCAAAAGGUUUAAUAUUAGAUCAUUUAGGAACUCUUAGAAUUAUAAUUCCAGCAGGUCUUGAAGUUGCAUCAUUAAAUCCAAUCAUCUAUACAAAUUAUCCAUCAUUAAAUGAACAAUUUCAACGUGAGAAAUAUUCUGUUUUUCAUAAAGGACCAGUUAAUCCAUAUAGUGGUAAUAAUGAUUUAAUUUUUGAACAAAAAAUUGAAAAAUAUGGGUGCUUUGACUAUUAUGUUGAAUGGGAAGAUGUUGAAGAAGGAAAAACAAAGAGGGGCGAGCUAGGAACAUUCCAAAUCAAUCCAGUUUUAAAAAUCAACGACUUUAAAUUGCCAAGUGAUGGUAUUAUUUUAGAAACAUUUUUAACCAAAUGUAUGGGUCCAUUAAAAGAUUGGGAAAAGCAUAUUUCAAUGGCAUCAAAAUUAGGAUAUAAUAUGAUUCACUAUACCCCAGUUCAAGAAAUUGGCGCCUCUGGUAGCUCAUAUAGUAUUUAUGACCAACAAUCAAUCUCAUCUAAAAUUUUCGAACCAGAAAAACCAACUGAACAAGAGAAACUUCAACAGCUCUCACAAUUUAUUGAUAGGGCCGAAAAAGAACACAAUGUAUUGGGUAUGAUAGAUUUGGUUUGGAACCAUACAGCCCAUAAUAGCAAGUGGCUCAAUGAACACCCAGAGGCUGGUUAUAACACUGACAAUUCACCACAUUUAAAGGCCGCUGUUCUUUUAGAUCAAACUCUUUGCGGCUUUGGUAAAAGUCUUUAUGGUAAAGAAAUAGAAUCAGUUGAAGCAUUGGAAAAGUUGGUCAAAGAAAUCAAUGAUAAAGUUAUUGCUCCAUUAAAACUUUGGGAAUAUUAUGUGCUAAAUAUUGAAAAGGAAGUAGAAAUAUUUAAAAAUACAUAUCAUUCAUCAAAUAGAGUCAGAGAAGCUGUCCCAUCAUCUGGAUCAACAUUUUCACCAUCUUUCCUCAAGAAUAUCAUCAACAAUCCAACAAGCGAAAAGCAAGAAAUGAUUAAAAAUAUCUCAAAAAAUGGAACCAUUAGAGCACCAUCCUAUGAUCGUUAUUCACUUCAUAUAAAUUUAGACUACACCUACAAGAUUUUAGAUUCAUCUCCAUCUUUCGGUCCACUAACACCAGAAGAACAAAUCCAAAAGUAUGAAGAUAUCCUCAAGAUUGUUAAUCUUCAAUUGUAUCGUGAAUAUGACCAUGAUGUCGAAGCCAUCAUCAAAAACAUUACAGAAAGAAUUAAAUAUGAAAGAAUCAGUUCACAUGGUCCAAGACUAGGUGUAAUUAGUUCAUCAAAACCAUUAUUAAAUAGCUACUUUACAUUUAUUCAAUUCCGUGAACCAAAUGGUUCAAUUCGUGAAAUUCCAUUAGCUAACAAUGGUUGGAUUUUUAAUCAUAACCCAACUAUUGAUUUUGCAAGUAGUGAAUCGCGUGCCUACCUUCGUAGAGAUGUUAUUAUCUGGGGUGAUUGCGUCAAAAUGCGUUAUGGUAACUCACCAUCAGACAAUCCAUGGCUUUGGGAACACAUGAAAACCUACACCCAAAAAAUGGCUCGUAUUUUCCAUGCAAUUAGAAUAGACAAUUGCCAUAGUACACCAAUUCAUUUAGCUCAAUAUCUUUUAGAUGCCGCUAGGGAAGUUAGACCUGAUAUCUAUGUAACCUGUGAGCUUUUUACCGGUAGUGAAGAAAUUGACGAUAUUUUCGUAAAGAAGUUGGGUAUCAAUUCAUUAAUUCGUGAAGCUAUGCAAUGCCAUGACCCUUCAGAAUUUAGUCGUGUAGUCUAUCGUUAUGGUGGCUCACCAAUAGGAAGUGUUCAUGACUGCGAAUAUCAUUCAAAAUAUCCAAGUACCUCUCAAAGCUAUAACACUAAACCAUUAAAACCAACAUUACCACCAGCCCUAUUCAUGGAUUGUACCCAUGAUAAUGAAACACCAUACCAAAAGAGAACUGUUUAUGACACUUUACCAAACGCUGCAAUCGUUACUAUGACAGUCAGUGCUAUUGGAUCAACAAGAGGAUAUGACGAAAUUUUCCCAAAAACUAUUGAUUUAGUUAAUGAAACUCGUCUUUAUAACCCAAACUUAAACCUAUCAUCUGGUAUACUCCCAGUUCGUACACUAUUAAACAAACUUCACUUGGAGCUCUCGGUCAAUGACUACAGUGAAACUCAUAUUCAUCAAGACGGCAACCUAUUAUUUAUUCAAAGAUAUUCGCCAUCACUAAACCAAUCAAUAUUCUGCCUAUCCCAUUCAGCAUUCUCCAGUGAUCAAAAUAAUAACUAUGAAGACCAUGAAAUCAUUAUUCCAAGUAAAAUUACAGAACUUAUUUUUGGUGCAAGAAUUACAAAUGUACAUAAUAACAAUCAACCAUUUGAAAGCAAAGACUUAUUAAAAGGUUUUAAUGUCGAUUGCGAAAUUCUCUAUUCUACUAAAGUUUUAAAUCAAAUGUGCCAUUUGCGAGAUUUAAAUCAUGAUGUCGGUGUAGUAUUAAAACUAAAAUAUUUCCCAAAGGGUUCAAUUUUAAUUUUUAGAGGUGAACUCCCAAAAGAUUGUGUUGAAUCAAUAAAGAGAAUAGAAUCAUAUAUCGGUGACCAAAACAAAUUAAAUAAAACAUUUGAAAAUAUCAAUUUAAUUGAUAUGAACGUUUUAUUAUACAGAAUUAACGAAGAAGAGAAGUCAGUUACAGGUCAUGGUGCAUAUCAUCUUGAUAAUAUUGGGGAAUUACCAUUCUGUGGCCUUUCAGGCUUUGUAUCAGUUUUGAAGAAUAUUCAUCAAUAUAAUGAUUUGGGUCACCCACUUUGCGAAAAUUUAAGAAAAGGAAAUUGGGCUUUGGACUAUAUUUCAGGUCGUCUUAAUCAAAGACCAAAUCUUUCGUCUGUUAAAGAUUGGCUAAACUAUUGUUUUGUUCAUUUGAAACGUCUCCCAAGAAAUUUGGUUCCAAUGUAUUUCUAUCAAAUUAUCAUCACUGCUUAUCGUGCCUCUGUCGAUAAAUCUAUUUCGUUAAUGCCAUCAUUCAUCCAAAAUGCAAACUGGUUUGUACAUAAACUCGCCGUUACCACUAUUCAAUUCUUUGGUGUAUCGACUCCACUCAUCAGCAAUCCAAAUGUACUUGAAGGUGUUCAAGAUCGUGAAGCUUCAUUAGCUGCUGGAUUCCCUCAUUUCGCCACAGGAUAUAUGAGAUCAUGGGGCAGAGAUACUUUUAUUUCUUUACGUGGUAUUCUUUUAGUAACUGGUCGUUAUCAAGAAGCAAUUAACAUCAUUGUCGGCUUUGGUGCAUGUCUUAGAUUUGGUUUAAUUCCAAAUCUUCUAGAUUGCGGUACAAAACCAAGAUUCAAUUCUAGAGAUAGUGUAUGGUGGUACCUUAGAGCCAUUCAAGAUACCUAUAAUUGUUUACCAAGCGAAAAAGAAAAAGAACAAUUCCUUCAAACCAAAGUAUAUCGUUUAUUCUCACCACCAGAAUAUGUUUCACCAUACAGCACAGUAUCCGAAAUCAUUCAAGAGAUUUUACAAGCACAUGCCUCUGGUAUUCACUUUAGAGAACCAAAUGCUGGUAGAGAAAUUGAUGACCGUAUGAGAGAUGAAGGCUUCAACAUUGAUAUUGAUCUCAAUAGAAAGAAUGGUUUCCUUUAUGGUGGAAAUCGUUCAAACUGCGGAACAUGGAUGGAUAAGAUGGGUGAAUCAACCAAAGCAAACAACUAUGGCGAACCAGCUACUCCACGUGACGGUGCUCCAAUUGAAAUUACUGCUAUGCUUUACUCAACUGUUAGCUGGUUAUCCUCACUUUAUAGCUCUGGUAAAUUUAAAUUUGGUGGUGUUGAUUUGGCUGACGAGUCUGAUAAAUCAAAAGUUACUAGCUUUACCUAUGAUCAAUGGUCAAAACUUAUUCAAGCCAAUUUCGAAAAAUUCUACUACAUACCAUCAAGUAAUGAAGAUAAACAAUACACCAUCAAUACAAGCUAUGUUCAUCGUAGAUAUAUUUAUAAAGAUGUAGUUGGAAGCGCAAACAUAUACCAAGACUAUCAAUUUAGACCAAAUCUUUGCGUUGCAAUGUCAUUUGCCCCACAACUUUUCGAUAAUCAGCAUGCAAGUAAAUGUAUAGAUGUAGUUAGAUCACAUUUAGCAGGUCCACUUGGUAUGAAAACCCUUGAUCCAAAUGAUCCAUCUUACCAUGGUAACUAUGAUAACGCUGCUGACUCUGGCUACAAACCAACAUCAAAAGGUUUCAACUACCACAAUGGUCCAGAGUGGGUUUGGGUUUAUGGAUUCUUCUUAGAAAGUAUCAUUCAAUUCAAACAUUAUCCAAACAUCUCAACUAAAAACCAUUUAAUUGAAGGACUUUUAGUAAACCACAAGAAUCACAUCCAAACCUCACCUCGUUCAUCUCUACCAGAACUUACAAAUCGUGAUGGUCACUAUUGCAGAGAUAGUUGUGACUCUCAAGCUUGGUCAAUCGCUACAAUCUUGGGUGCCUUGGAUAAACUAUCAAAAAAUAAAAAUUAAAACUCCAUUUUAAAAAAUUGUGAUAGUAAUAAUAAAAAAUUAAAUAAAAUUAAAUUGUUUUAAAAAUUAUUUGUUUAAAUAUCCAUUUUUAAAAGAU